CCUGUUUCCUUCAUCAUCACACUCCCUCCCUUCUGCACCUAAACUGUAAAAGCAUCAUUUCCCACCACCAUUUGAAGAUAUGACUCCUAAGAUUCUCAAAUCAGCCCUUCUUCUUCUCACCCUUAACCUUCUGUUCUUCACAUUGGUAACCUCCACCACUAACUGCCCUCCAAAGACCCCUAAAGUCCCGAAAACACCAAAGAGCCCAAAGAAGGCUCCUCCCCCAAUUCCGACUUGCCCGAGCGAUACCCUUAAGCUCGGGGUGUGCGCUGAUGUGUUGAAUGGCUUGGUUAACCUUGUCAUAGGGGCCCCACCAAAGACACCAUGCUGUACUCUUCUCGAGGGUCUGGCAGAUGUUGAAGCGGCUGUUUGUCUAUGCACUGCCCUUAAGGCCAAUGUCUUGGGGAUUAACCUUAAUGUUCCAGUAGAUCUCAGCUUGCUCUUGAACUACUGCGGAAAGGCUUCACCUGAAAACUCUCUCUCUCUUGUUUGGAUUUGGUUUAUGUGAAGCAUUCAUCUCUGGUUAUAUUUUGUUUGUUAGAUUCUGUGAUUGUUUCCCUGAGAAAGGCAGUCUCAGCAUUUCUCUGUAUUGAUGUGUUUAUUAUAGUCUGUAUUUGUUUUGAACUUUUUUUAAUGUUUCUCAUUCUCCGUUUAUUUUUUCA